GCAACAUUCUUAAUGCGAAGGCACAGCAACCGAUCGCCAAUAUGGCCAACGAGCUCUCUUCCAGAAGUGAUGCGACCAUCACUGAACGCACCUUCAAGGGGGUCGGCGACCUCAUCAAGCUCCUCCCCAGCGGCACUGUCUUCCUCUUCCAGUUCCUCAGCCCGCUCCUCACCAACGUCGGCCACUGCACCACCGUAAACAGGUGGCUCUCAGGCGUGCUCCUCGUUGCCUGCGCCUUCAACUGCUCCUUCGCCUGCUUCACUGACAGCUUUCUCGACCCCGCCGACGGCAAGCUGUACUACGGCAUUGUGACGGCGCGCGGGAUCUGGCUCUUCUCCGACCCCGGCGCCGCGGCGAGGUAUGACCUCUCUAAGUACAAGCUCCGGCUGGGUGACUUCGCCCAUGCCGUCCUCUCGCUGCUCGUGUUCGCGGCGGUCGCACUGCUGGAUAACAACACGGUCACGUGCUUCUACCCUGCUCUACUUGUCCAGGAGAAGAUGCUGGUGAUUGCGCUGCCGCCGGUGAUCGGCGCAGUCGCCGGAGUCAUCUUCAUGCUGUUUCCUCAAAAUAGGCAUGGAAUCGGGUAUCCACCGUCGACGGGCACUGCUACUGCAGAAAAAAGUAUUGAAUGAACUAAUUGGCGUACUACGUUUUGUGCGUGUAUAGCAGUUGAAAAUUGAUUAUUAUUUGAUCAGGAUUUACUUAUUGGAGCAUCGUUGAAGAAUGAUUUAAUCGUGUGAUGUUGUCAUUGGCUUGAAUAAAAUUGAUUGUUAACGUUUC